AUGGACUCGAUGGAGUUGAUGGACUCACCUUCUAUUAAUGCAGGACUUUUGGUUCAGUAUGCGAUUAGCAAUAAGAGGACAAAUUUGGGCAAGGACUAUAACCCUGAUAUCGCUGCACCUCUGGUUUGGUUUUAAUU